UCACUUCAAAGGCCUUUACGAUGGAGGCAGCAAGAGUCUUUCAUCGCCAGAGCAAUAUCUCGAUCUCGCGCUGAUGGUGUCGAAAGAACGUCCGGUUCUUCCGCGAGAAUAUGUUUUUCGGCUUCUGCCACCCCAUGAGGGUUCCUCCGGCUUGGCUCAAGAAACUCCAGGGACGGUAGUGGGGCGUGGGCAUGCGAUUCGCGACGCUGGGGGACGGAUCGAGGAGCUCGCGCGCAGCGUUCACACGCAGGUCGGCCCGGAUGCUCCUGGGAACACGUCAGACUUGCAUUCUCAGGGUACAGGGACUCAACGGGUCGGUACUCCAAAACUCCUUAAGGUCCGCUGCGGUGGCGACACGUAUUCGCUUCGAGAUGAGACGAGAAGAGAAUCCGACAGAUCGGGGCAAGAUGUCGGAGGGAAUGAGGCUGAAGGGAUGGGCGCUGUCCGUGAAAGCUCUUGCGGGGAGCCGACUCCUUCGGAGAAGAAGCGCGAGCGACAGAGGAUGGUGCGAGAGGAGGUGGCGGAGGAAACCCUCCUCAUGAAGAGGAUGAGAGGAAAAUCGGAGGCGGUGAUGGGCGGGGAUGGAGGUGACGUCGGAGAACGUGCCUCGGGAAAGAGGCCGUGGAAGGAAGAGGGUGAGACGGCGAGUAAGAAAGCGAGGAGGCCCAGCGGUUUGACCAUCCGCGAAGGACAAGCCAUGGGUGGAGGAUAUUCGGUUAAUCCAGGCGCUGCGGCCGUGAGAGAACCUUCGGGGAGAUCGAAACGGAAAGUGGCAGCUGAAGAAGGCGAUGGCCAGAAGAAACCUCGAAGGCGGAAGACUGCUGAGGCGGCGAGCGGUGACGAAGGCCUGUCGGUGAGGAGUGCGACGAAGCGGCAGCGUUCUGGCUCGAAUACGAGCGGAUUGAUGGCGGUGAAAUCGUGGAGAAGGAGCUCCCCGUCCAACUGCUCAUCGACCCCAGGAAGGUCUGCGACAUCCCGCCUUGGGAAAGAUAUUACAACCACCGCAGUCUAAAUCGCGAAACUGUGGACGACAUCAAGGCAACGAUGCUGAGUCAAUUCCGCGAG